AUGAAACGGUCAUCCUCCUCGACGGAUUGCAAACACACCUCCAAGAAAAUCUGCGCUCGACCUCAUUGCUCAGACCCAUUAACAGACACUGCAAUCAACACCACUUCCACCACUUCCACCACCAGCAUUACCACCAACAUUACCACCUCUUCCCCCGUUGACGACGAUAAGACCACUGCUCAACCGUCACUUGAACAAGAUAUGAGCACCACCGUCCUGUCGUAUAUCCAGGACGUAGUCCACAGCCUUGAUAAGGGCCGCAUUGAUCAAUGUCUCAGCAACAAACUUUCACCUGAUACAUUGGAUCAGCUUGAUAGUAAACAUGCCGAGAUUGCCACAGCAUUGGAUGCAGCGUUGAAGAAUAUCGCACAACGUCAACUUCAACUAGAAACAGAGAAUCUACGUUAUCGCAUUGCUAUCCAACAACAGCAUCAGCUCCUCACCUGCCAACAAAACGACCGAGAAUAUGACCAACAUCACGAGGAUACCAAUAACGAUGAAGACACUGUACCACUCCCUACAUCAUCAUCAUCAUCAUCAUCCACCAUGCUAGUAACAAAUCAGGAUUCCACACAACAAGCUGACUCUCAUAUGACACCUGAGGAUGGUAUCCCAACAGUUCAGGAUGCUUCCUUGAUUGAACGUAUGCAAACAGCCGCUCAUCCCAUUGUAUCGCUUUCUUCUACUCAUCGUAUCGCCAAUAACAACAACAACACCGACACCGCCGCCGCCGCCACCGCCACGACCACCACCAACCAUGCUUCUCCAAUGCCGACUCCCCCAUUCACUGUACCUCCUGGAUCUACUGCUUUCCCCGUUUUCUUUGCCAGCGACUUGUUCACCUCAACCGUAGCCCCAACACCAUCCUCCUCUGGUAGUGUGGAUAACAUUGUUUGCCCUGAUUGUGUCAUGCAAGCCGUCAAGGUAUCAUCCGCUAUCUUUGCCGGCGAGCUUAAUGAACGUGUCACUUGCAAUCAUGAACGUUGUAUUGGUGCCGCCAACUUUUCAUCAUCGACCGUAUCUCCCAAUGCUCCCAUCAACACGCUCAAGAAUGCCGUCAAUGCCAUGGCCAGCCAUUUGAAACGUGUAACAGAUGAGCUUAUGUAUGUAACGCAUGAAACAGCAGUCAAAGGCAAAUUGGGCGUGCAGGCACGCUGUGAUUCACAAAUGUCGGGUGUAUGGCGGGAAGUGAUGGUGGAUAUGAACAGCAUGACACGAAGCCAUUUGGAACAAGUGCGUGAUAUUGCCGAUGUAUCGACUGCUAUUGCACGUGGUGACCUUAGCAAGACCAUGACGGUGCCCGUUAGAGGUGAAACAUUAUUACUCAAGAAUACUUUCAAUACGAUGGUCAAUCAGCUGAACACAUUUGCAUCCGAAGUGUCACGGGUUGCUCAUGAGGUCGGUACCGAGGGCAAGUUAGGUGUACAAGCCAAGGUUGCUGGUGCCGAUGGUAUCUGGAAGGAGCUCACUGAUAACGUUAAUACAAUGGCCGACAAUCUUACCAACCAAGUUCGCGACAUUGCUCAAGUUUCAAAAUCUGUGGCACGUGGAGAUCUCACCAAAAAAGUUACUGUCGAAGUACGCGGAGAAAUGCUGGAACUUAAAGACACCAUCAACACCAUGGUGGAUCAGCUGUCAACGUUUGCAACAGAAGUCACUCGUAUAUCGCUCGAAGUCGGCACAAAAGGAAUACUAGGAGGUCAAGCCGUUGUCAAGGAUGUGGCUGGUACUUGGAAGGAUCUUACAGACAAUGUCAAUCUUAUGGCACGCAAGAUUACGGAUCAAGUGCGAGAUAUUGCUGUGGUUGCCAAGGCAGUGGCAAAGGGUGAUUUGAGUAAAAAGGUCACAGCCAAUGCACAAGGCGAAGUGCUUGAACUCAAAAACACAAUGAAUCGGAUGGUCGAUCAACUGACACUAUUCUCCGCCGAAGUACGCCGUGUGUCACUAGAAGUGGGCGUUGAAGGGAAAUUGGGUGGUCAAGCUGUUGUCAAGGAUGUUGGUGGUGCUUGGAAGGAUCUCACAGACAACGUCAAUACCAUGGCAGCCAAUCUUACAACCCAAGUCAGAUCCAUUGCUCAAGUUACCAAGGCCGUUGCAAAAGGUGACUUGAGCAAAAAGAUUGCGGUCGAAACGCGUGGUGAAAUCCUUGAUUUGAAGAAUACUGUCAACAACAUGGUGGAUCAGCUACGUGUAUUUUCAUUGGAAGUAACGCGUGUUGCCAAAGAAGUUGGUACAGAGGGCAAGUUGGGCGGCCAAGCCAUGGUACCAAAUGUGGAUGGCACUUGGAAAGAUCUCACCGACAACGUCAAUACCAUGGCAACCAAUCUUACAACUCAAGUGCGAUCGAUUGCUGUUGUCACCAAAGCAGUAGCCAAUGGCGACUUGUCAAAGAAGAUUCAUGUCACUGUGAGUGGUGAAAUAUCCGAUCUCAAGGACACAGUCAACAACAUGGUGGAUCAACUUCGUGUCUUUGCAUCUGAAGUCACUCGUGUAGCUCGUGAAGUGGGCACAGAAGGCAAACUUGGUGGCCAAGCGGUUGUCAAUGGCGUUGGAGGCACUUGGAAAGAUCUCACGGAUAAUGUGAAUACCAUGGCAGCCAAUCUUACAACACAAGUGCGAUCCAUUGCUCAAGUCACUAAAGCCGUAGCCAAUGGUGAUUUAUCAAAGAAGAUCGAGGUCGAGACACGUGGUGAAAUUCUUGAUUUGAAGAAUACUGUCAACAACAUGGUGGAUCAAUUGAACGUAUUUGCGGCUGAAGUGACUCGUGUGGCAAAGGAAGUAGGCACGGAUGGCAAGCUUGGUGGUCAAGCCUCUGUACCUAAUGUUGAUGGCACGUGGAUGGAUCUUACCGACAAUGUGAAUCAAAUGGCUGCCAACUUGACAAACCAAGUACGAUCCAUUGCCGAAGUGACUAAGGCUGUUGCAUUGGGUGACUUGUCAAAGAAGAUUGAAGUUGAGAGUGGAGGUGAAAUUCUCGAGCUCAAGAACAUCGUCAACAACAUGGUGGACCAACUUCGUAUCUUUGCAUCCGAAGUGACACGUGUAUCGAAGGAAGUGGGCACCGAAGGCAAACUUGGUGGCCAAGCUAUUGUUCAAGGUGUUGCUGGCACGUGGAUGGACUUGACAGAUAAUGUGAAUCAAAUGGCAGCGAAUCUUACGGACCAAGUACGAUCGAUUGCGGAGGUGACAAAGGCCGUUGCAUUGGGUGAUUUAUCCAAAAAGAUCGAGGUUGAAAGUGGAGGUGAAAUCCUUGAGCUCAAGAACAUCGUCAACAACAUGGUGGAUCAAUUGCGUAUCUUUGCAUCCGAGGUCACUCGUGUAUCGAAGGAAGUGGGCACUGAAGGCAAACUUGGAGGUCAAGCUGUGGUUCAAGGUGUUGCAGGCACAUGGCAUGAAUUGACAGAUAACGUGAACCAAAUGGCAGCCAAUCUUACUAGUCAAGUGCGUUCGAUUGCUGAGGUGACCAAAGCCGUAGCCCAUGGUGACUUAUCCAAAAAGAUCGAAGUCGAGAGUGGCGGUGAAAUCCUCGAAUUGAAGAAUAUUGUCAACAACAUGGUGGAUCAAUUGCGUGUUUUCGCUUCUGAAGUAACUCGUGUGGCACGUGAAGUUGGCACAGAAGGCAAACUUGGUGGUGAAGCAAUUGUACCUAGCGUCAGUGGUACUUGGAAAGAUCUCACCGAUAAUGUCAAUAUGAUGGCUGCCAAUCUUACCACACAAGUGCGGUCCAUCGCUCAAGUCACCAAAGCUGUUGCAAGGGGUGAUCUAUCAAAGAAGAUCGAGGUCGAGACACGUGGUGAAAUCCUUGAUUUGAAGAAUACUGUCAACAACAUGGUGGAUCAAUUGAACGUAUUUGCGGCUGAAGUGACUCGUGUGGCAAAGGAAGUAGGCACGGAUGGCAAGCUUGGUGGUCAAGCCUCUGUACCCAAUGUUGAUGGCACGUGGAUGGAUCUUACCGAUAAUGUGAAUCAAAUGGCUGCCAAUUUGACCGACCAAGUGCGUUCGAUUGCCGAAGUGACUAAGGCUGUUGCAUUGGGUGACUUAUCAAAGAAGAUUGAAGUUGAGAGUGGAGGUGAAAUUCUCGAGCUCAAGAACAUUGUCAACAACAUGGUGGAUCAACUACGUAUCUUUGCAUCCGAAGUGACACGUGUAUCCAAGGAAGUGGGCACCGAAGGCAAACUUGGAGGUCAAGCUGUGGUUCAAGGUGUUGCUGGUACAUGGAACGAGUUGACUGAUAAUGUCAAUAUCAUGGCUGCCAAUCUUACGACGCAAGUACGAUCCAUUGCUGAAGUCACUAAAGCUGUUGCAUCGGGUGACUUGUCAAAGAAGAUCGAGGUUGAAAGUGGUGGUGAGAUUCGUGAGCUCAAGGAUAUUGUCAACAACAUGGUGGAUCAACUUCGUAUCUUUGCAUCUGAAGUAACACGUGUGGCACGAGAAGUCGGCACGGAUGGCAAAUUGGGUGGCCAAGCUGUUGUCAAUGGUGUCGCUGGUACAUGGAUGGAUUUAACGGACAAUGUCAAUACCAUGGCAGCCAACCUCACGACCCAAGUGCGUUCUAUUGCUCAAGUAACCAAGGCUGUAGCGAAUGGUGAUCUUAGCAAAAAGAUUGAAGUUGAGACUCGUGGAGAAAUCCUGGAUUUGAAGAAUACGGUGAAUGACAUGGUGGAUCAACUUCGUGUGUUUGCUGCUGAAGUGACCCGUGUAUCCAAGGAAGUUGGCACAGAAGGCAAACUUGGUGGCCAAGCACUUGUACAAGGUGUUGCUGGUACUUGGAAGGACCUCACUGAAAACGUCAAUCAAAUGGCUGCCAAUCUUACAGCACAAGUGCGUUCUAUUGCCGAAGUAACAAAGGCCGUGGCCCAUGGUGAUCUUUCCAAAAAGAUUGAAGUCGAGAGUGGCGGCGAAAUCUUGGAGUUGAAGAAUAUUGUCAACAACAUGGUGGAUCAACUCAACGUCUUUGCAGCUGAAGUGACUCGUGUGGCAAAGGAAGUGGGCACGGAUGGCAAGCUUGGUGGUCAAGCCUCUGUACCCAAUGUUGAUGGCACGUGGAUGGAUCUUACCGAUAACGUGAAUCAAAUGGCUGCCAACUUGACGAGUCAAGUACGAUCCAUUGCCGAAGUGACUAAGGCUGUUGCAUUGGGUGACUUAUCCAAGAAGAUUGAAGUUGAGAGUGGUGGUGAAAUUCUCGAGCUCAAGAACAUUGUCAACAACAUGGUGGAUCAAUUGCGUAUCUUUGCCUCCGAAGUGACACGUGUAUCCAAGGAAGUGGGCACCGAAGGCAAGCUUGGUGGACAAGCUGUGGUUCAAGGUGUUGCUGGCACGUGGAUGGAUUUGACAGAUAAUGUGAAUCAAAUGGCAGCGAAUCUUACAGACCAAGUACGAUCGAUUGCGGAGGUGACAAAGGCUGUUGCAUUGGGUGAUCUAUCCAAAAAGAUUGAAGUUGAAAGUGGCGGUGAAAUCCUUGAGCUUAAGAAUAUCGUCAACAACAUGGUGGAUCAAUUGCGUGUAUUUGCAUCCGAAGUAACACGUGUAUCAAAGGAAGUGGGCACCGAAGGACGACUUGGUGGACAAGCCAUUGUACAAGGUGUUGCUGGUACAUGGAAUGAGCUCACUGAAAAUGUCAACCUGAUGGCAGCCAACCUUACUACACAAGUGCGUUCUAUUGCCGAAGUGACCAAAGCUGUAGCCAAUGGUGACUUAUCAAAGAAGAUUGAUGUUGAGACUCGUGGCGAGAUUUUGGAUUUGAAGAAUACCGUCAAUGACAUGGUGGAUCAGCUUCGUGUCUUUUCAACUGAAGUGACUCGUGUGGCUCGUGAAGUGGGUACAGAAGGCAAACUUGGUGGACAAGCCAUUGUACAAGGCGUUGCAGGAACGUGGAAGGAUUUGACGGAUAAUGUCAACAUGAUGGCCGGCAAUCUCACAACUCAAGUACGAUCCAUUGCCACUGUUACGACUGCUGUUGCCAAGGGUGAUUUAUCUCGAAAGAUUGUGGUCGAGGUACAAGGCGAGAUUCUUCAACUCAAGAACACUGUCAAUUCUAUGGUGGAUCAAUUGCGAGUGUUUGCAGCCGAGGUGACUCGUGUGGCUCGACAAGUAGGCACUGAAGGAAAACUUGGUGGCCAAGCAACGAUCAUUGGCGUGGAUGGCACUUGGAAGGACUUGACGGACAAUGUCAACUUGAUGGCAAGUAAUUUGACAGAUCAACUCCGUGCUAUCGCUGCUGUGUGUAAAGCUGUUGCACAAGGUGACUUGAGCAAAAAGAUCGAGGUCGAAGUGCAUGGUGAAAUUGCCGAGCUCAAGAAUACUAUCAAUACCAUGGUGGAUCAGCUCAAUUCGUUUGCAUCCGAAGUAACACGUGUGGCUCGUGAAGUGGGUACAGAAGGCAAGCUCGGUGUACAAGCUGAAGUAGAAGAUGUGGAAGGUGUAUGGCGCGAGAUUACCAGCAACGUCAAUACCAUGGCAUCCAAUCUUACUACCCAAGUGCGUGCAUUUGCACAAAUUUCAGCAUCAGCAACGGAGAAUGACUUUUCACGCUUGAUUACUGUUGAAGCAUCGGGUGAAAUGGAUUCGCUUAAGACCAAGAUCAAUCAAAUGGUGGGCUUUUUGCGUGACACUAUUCAAAAGAAUCGAGAUGCCAAGGAAGCAGCUGAAUUAGCCAAUCGAUCCAAGAGUGAAUUCUUAGCCAACAUGAGUCACGAGAUUCGAACGCCCAUGAACGGCAUUAUCGGCAUGACAUCGCUCACUCUUGAAACCGAAUUAUCUCGACAACAACGUGAAAAUUUGAUGAUCGUAUCCAGCUUGGCCAAUAGCUUGCUCACCAUCAUUGACGACAUUCUCGAUAUCUCCAAGAUUGAAGCGGGUCGAAUGACAAUCGAAUCCAUUCCAUUCUCUUUACGCUCAGCUAUCUUUAGCGUACUCAAGACGUUGGCUGUCAAAGCAAACCAAAAGAAGCUGGAUUUGAUCUACCAUGUCGAUAGCAACAUCCCUGAUCAGCUCGUGGGUGAUCCAUUCCGCCUUCGUCAAGUUAUCACCAACCUGAUUGGCAAUGCUGUCAAAUUCACAAACCAUGGCGAGGUUGUCCUCAAGACGCGUGCCAUUGAGAUGAAGGGUGAUGAUGUCAAGGUUGAAUUCUGUGUCAGUGAUACUGGUAUUGGUAUUCCUUCGGACAAAUUGGAUGCUAUCUUUGAUACAUUUGCUCAAGCAGAUGGUGGUAUCACACGUCAAUAUGGUGGUACGGGCUUAGGUCUCUCUAUUUCCAAGCACUUUGUACGAUUGAUGGGUGGUAGCUUAUGGGUGGAAUCAAUGUAUGGCCGUGGAUCCGAUUUCUACUUUACCGUCAAUUUACGAGGACAUGAUACACGAGAACAAGAGAUUCGUGAAAAGAUGACACGCUUCCAAGGUCGUAAGAUCCUUUACCUCGAAUCAGCUGAUAGCCAAUGCAACCUUGUCGAUCUCAUAUCUCAGCUCGGUCUCACGCCUAUUAAGGUGAACAGCGUCGAGGAAGCCACCAAGAUAGCCGAGAGCAACCAAACGAAGCGUAACAGCCAUGCUCCAUUGUUUGAUACCCUUGUGAUUGAUAAGAUGGCACACGCUGAGCGUAUCCGCGAGAUUGUACACCUACGCUUUACGCCUAUUGUGCUGAUCACUCCCGAGACACACAAACUCAACAUGAAAUUAUGCAUUGAUCUUGGCAUCACAAGCUGCUUCAACUCGCCUGUCGAUCUUUACGAUCUUGCUCAUGCUCUAUUACCAGCACUCGAGAACCAUGUUGCUCUACCAGGUGAUGCAACCAAAUCUUCAUCGCUCGAAAUCCUUUUAGCCGAGGACAACAUUGUCAACCAAAAGCUGGCUGUACGUAUCCUGGAGAAGUUUGGUCAUCAAGUUAAGAUUGUAUCCAAUGGCCAGCUGGCAGUGGAGGCUUAUCAAUCGCAUGCAUUCGAUCUGAUCUUGAUGGAUGUACAAAUGCCUGUUAUGGGUGGAUUUGAAGCAACGCAAAAGAUUCGAGAGAUUGAAAGGAUGUCUGGCACGGAUGCACAUAUUCCCAUUAUUGCGCUUACAGCACACGCCAUGAUUGGCGAUAGAGAGAAAUGCUUGAAUGCAGGAAUGGAUGAAUAUGUAACAAAACCUUUACGAUUCCCCGAGUUAAUAUCGGCUAUCAAGAAAUUUGCAUCACACUCAUAG